AUUGGCUGCGGCGCGUCCCCGCCGGUUCCGGGUGCGUCAGCGCGCCGACAUGGCGGCCGGCGGCGCCGACAAGUUCUCGGUGCUGCUGCCCACCUACAACGAGCGGGAGAACCUGCCCCUGGUCGUCUGGCUCCUGGCGCGCACCUUCCAGGAGAGUGGGAACAAUUUUGAAAUUAUCAUCAUAGAUGAUGGAAGCCCAGAUGGGACACAGGAAAUUGCUGAACAAUUGGAAAAAAUAUAUGGAUCAGAUAAAAUACUUUUAAGACCCAGACCAAGAAAGCUGGGACUCGGCACUGCUUAUAUUCAUGGAAUGAAGCAUGCCACUGGGAAUUUUAUUGUUAUUAUGGAUGCUGACCUCUCUCACCAUCAUCCCUUUGUCUUUUCUGAUGGCGUUUUCCUUCCAUUUCAGCCAAAAUUUAUUCCAGAGUUUAUCAGAAAGCAGAAAGAAGGCAAUUUUGAUAUUGUGUCUGGAACAAGAUAUAAAGGAAAUGGAGGAGUAUAUGGCUGGGAUUUGAAAAGAAAAUUAAUCAGUCGUGGUGCCAAUUUUCUAACUCAGGUUUUGCUGAGACCAGGUGCAUCAGACUUAACAGGGAGUUUCAGGUUAUACAGAAAAGAAGUCUUACAGAAACUAAUGGAAAAAUGUGUUUCUAAAGGAUACGUCUUCCAGAUGGAGAUGAUUGUUCGGGCUAGACAGUUAGGAUAUACUAUUGGAGAGGUUCCUAUUUCAUUUGUGGACCGUGUCUAUGGAGAAUCUAAACUGGGAGGCAAUGAAAUAGUUUCCUUCUUAAAGGGGCUCUUGACCUUGUUUGCUACAACGUGAUAGUUUAUCCUAAAUCAGCUUUUUUUUAGAAAAACAUUUUCUGACAUCUGUGUGGUUUUGAUUAUAUAACAGCAGAAGUGUGGUAAUUUGUGGUGACCAGAAGACCUGCUAUAAAUUAACAAUGAAAUGAACCACCAUUAAUAAACUCUGAAUAUAUUGUAUCCCAAACCUCCUCUUGAAAUAAAUGAACUGUAUGUUAAACUAAAAACUAAUAGACUAGUGCUCUAUUCUAUUUUUGUAAAAAUGACAAAGUCUUAAUAAAGAAAACAAAGCUAAACGA